CUCUGGAACAUUUCUWCAUCCAUGCGAUCCAUGCUGAAAUGCAUGAAAAUAAGUAUAAAGAUCCCGGGAAAGAUGAAUCGGCAUAUUGUUACAUGUAGAUGUAAAACAUUUCCUCAUUUAUACUUUAAAGAUGAAUACAGUUUGAAUAGUUAGAAACAGCUACGUGUUUGAAUACCAUGUCCUAUAGCUUAAGGUGCUGGAAUCGUCCGCCACGAGACGAAGAAGAAGCUGAAGAAGAACUCGUACAACAGCCGUCGACGGAGGAGGAAGAGAAAGACAAGAAAGCGAAAAAGCAAAAAGAAGAAGAAUUAUUCAAAGCGAUACAAGAAAAGAAUGUUGACAAAAUAAAGGAAUUCGUUCACAAUUGUGACCACGAUGUCAAGAAUGUGAAAGUAGGGCCAUCCAAGAAAACUGUGCUGCAUUUAUUGGCAGAAAACACAUGGGAAAUCCAGGAAGAGGAAAAGCUUAACCAAAUAUUCACAUUGUUCUACGAGAAAGAUUGUUCUGUAGAUGCUAAGGAUGAGUACGGAAAUACACCUCUCAAGCUGGCUGCAGAAAAGGGAAAUAACCCUAUUCUUAAGUUACUGUUGGAUCAUAAAGCUGAUGUCAAUGCAAAAGACAAUCAACAAGGUGAUGCUCCAUUGCACUGGGCAGCCAGAAAAGACAAGGUUGAAGCCAUCGAUAUUCUUAUAAAGAAUGGUCAAGCAAAAGUCAAUAUUCAAAAUAAGUCACUUAAAACGCCACUCCAUCAUGCUGUGGAAAGCAAUUCCAAAAAUGCAGUUCUUCUCUUGCUUUAUUAUAAAGCAGAUCCAACUCAAGAGAACAAAGACCAUGAACCUCCUCUGCGGUAUGCUGAAACUAAUGAUUUGUCAGACAUAGAAAAACUACUAAAGGAAUACAAACCUAGUGAAACAUUUGCAUCAUUUAUAGAAUAUGCAGAAGAAAAUAAGUGUUCAGAAGUUGUUAAAUUAUUCAAAAAGCCUUCAGGACCAAAACAUCUUGUUCAGGUAGAGCAUGUUGCUGUUGAUUCUGGCUUUUCAAGCAACAACAGAUCUGUCCCCCAUGUGACAGUGAAUAACUAUGUAAAAGUGGAAGGCAGUGGUACAACAUUGAUAGGUGACAACCCUAUGCUCCAGAUCAGUGUAACUUCCGAUGGAAAUCAAUAUUCAAUGCCCCCUGCUCUACCUGGACUUGCAGAUACAAAAUCUUCGUCUUCAGCAUCAACUCUAGUUCCAACAGCGCCUCCAGAAGAAGUUGAUUGAUUUGUAAACCAAGCUUGUUGUUAAUCUGUUUGGGGGUCGUUGGUGGAGAAGAUGUUUCCCAAACUAAAAAUUGAAAUAGAGAAAGUACUGCACAAUACGAUGUAAUAACAGGGAUAGACGAUUAGGGUUUCUUUUUUUUUUUUGCUUAAAAGAAUUAACUAAUGGUCACUCCCUAACGGUAACAUGUACAACUCGAAUUCUCAAAAGGUGACACCAAUUGCAGAACUGUGUUGCUUAUAUAUAAAUAAUUGAUCAAAAAGGACUCAGAACCUUUUAUAAUCUUUUUAAGUUUUAGUUCCAACGUUACCCAUAGUACUGUUAAAGUAGUUAUGAUUGUGCUUCUUUUAAGCACUUUCUGGAGAAAAGUAGUAGUACAAGAGCAGUAAACCUUACUGUGGCGAAGUAUUGGUCUGAUCUUUUUAACACAUCUUUCACAAUCUUUUGUUACCAUUUUUCUAUUUUGUAGUUUUAUUUUCAUUCAUUAAAGAAAAUGUAUAUUUGAUAUAAAGCACACAUAAAGUAUUUACUCGUCUCUAUUUAUAGAAUAUUAGAUUCCGUGUCGAAAACAAAGUGUACGACACGCUAAAUACCAUAGACAGCUAAAUGUAUACAGCACUGCAACAGUGUUUUCAAGUGAUGAUUUGUUAAUGUAUACGGAGUUUAUCCAAAUGGUAAUAUUAUUAUAUUGCCUUUUUUAAUUGCUUUUAAUCAAGCAAAACUUACUCAACCUACUCAUGACUAAAUAUUUAAUAUGACACAGUGUGAUGUAGUAUAGUAAUGUUUCUAAUCUGCAAUGUUGAGUAAUUAUGCAUAUUUAUAAAAAAAUAAUAAACUGGUAAGUACGACAUCAAAUCCA